AUGGGUUUAAAUAGUACGCAACGUGGACUUCCAGGUGAGACAGGCGAUCUCGGAGUAAAAGGAGUAAUCGGUCAAGAAGGAGAUAUUGGCAGCAUGGGGCCAAAAGGCCAACCAUCACCACCAGGUACUCCUGGCCGGCCAGGCCAGAAAGGUGAACCUGGCAUUCAAGGACCAAGUCGAUCUUUUGCUGAUGCUGGAUUCCUCUUAACGGUCCAUAGUCAAACUGAUCAAAUACCUGAUUGUCCUGGCAAUCGAACUCGAUUAUGGAUAGGAUAUAGUUUUCUAAGUAUGACGGGUAAAAGCAAACACAGUGGACAAGAUUUAAGUUCAGCUGGUUCUUGUUUAAGAGCAUUUUCAACGGAUCCUUUCGCUUACUGUAAUGGUAACAACCUCUGCCAUCGAGGUGGCAAUAGCAUGGUUACCUAUUGGUUAUCAACAUCGCUCACUCCAGCUAUGAUGACUCUGACUGGUCUUAACAUUCGACCUUAUAUCAGCAGAUGCACUGUUUGUGAAGCUGAAGCAAAUUCUAUUGCACUCCAUAGCCAGUCUCAAACUCCACCUUCCUGCCCAAGUGGCUAUGAAUUGUUGUGGCAGGGCUACAGCUACUGGAUGCAUACCGGUCAAGGAAAAUCUGUAGCAGGCCAAGACCUCUCUUCUCCUGGUUCUUGCUUAAGACGGUUCCAGUCAAUGCCGUUUAUUGAGUGUGAUGGUCCUUCUGGUAGCUGUUUCUUUUACAGCAAUUCUAAGAGCUUUUGGGUUACAGCAGUCAAUGUUACCGAUCAAUUUGAGCCGCCGACUGCUACUGUACUCAAUUUUAACGAUAACCCUCAAUCUUAUAUCAGUAGAUGCAGUGUUUGUUUAAGGAAAUUUACGACCUAG